AUGUCACAGCCACUGGCUUCUCGCCUGUCGACAUGCUGUUGGAGGUCGUUCUGCGCAGAGAUGCGGCCGCAGAGACAAUUCCACCGGUCAAUGGUCACAUUACAACGAGGACCAGUCCAGAAACUCGAUGUGCCCUCAGAUCUACCUGCCCAGUUGCUGCCCCAGUUUCCAGAAAGAUAUAGGCCGGGAAGAAACCGACGAGACAUUGUCGUCCACCCAUCUCCCAGAUCCGAAGCCGAAACAUGCAAAGAUCCAGUCGGCCUGGUGGAAAACCGGCAACUGAGCGUCCUCGACCCGACAGGCGCACGAGCGAGACUUUUCGACAAGGCGAAUCCAGAUCGCGCCAAAGUCGGCGAUGUCUUACUUACAACCUUCAAAUCGGGAGAGCCGGUGUCUGGGGUGAUCAUGGUGAUAAAAGGGUCUGGGCCGCAUACUUCGGUACUGCUGCGGAAUCAAUUGACCACGAUCGGGAUGGAAAUGAGCAUCAAAGUGCACAGUCCACUGGUUCAAAGUAUGGAAAUAGCACAACGAACGCCCAAGAGAAAGAGGCGGGCCAGGUUAUACUACCUGAGGAAGCCGGAACAUGAUGUGGGCAGCGUACAGAAAGUGGUGGACCAGUAUCUGAGGCAACGAGCCAUGUUGACGGGCGGAAAGAAUGCCAGGCAAGGAGGCACCUUCAGGUCUCGGAAGGGAAAGAAAUAA